AUGAUGCCGAUGACUGAAGAAUUUUACGAUGAAGAGGAAGAGCUUGGUUGCUUUAGAUUUAAUCCUUCAGAAGAAGAACUCAUACUCGAUUAUCUUCUACCAAAGCUUGGCUUCCACCAACCAAACACGAUAUAUUUGUUAGAAGACAGGGACAACAUCUACGCCAAAGAGCCGUGGCGGCUUAAUCACACAGAGAAUGAUAUCUUUGAACCUAACGAGUGGUUUUAUUUCGUGAAAAGGACAAAUCGCAAAGUUAAAGGUUGGAAAGCCACUGGAGAGUUAAAAGAUGUCGUGUCGAAGAAAACCGGUGAAGUGAUCGGGAAGAAGAGGAAUCUCAGGUUCUACGUUGAAGGUGAUGAGAGCAAAACGAGUGGUUGGACCAUGAGGGAGUAUUCUUCCAUUGGCAAUCAAAACCAACGUCUCUGCCACCUUAAAGGACCAUGA